UUGGCGCAACAGCUGAUUGUUCGCGUGGAUUUUAUUUGCAUUUAAUUUCGGUUUAAUUACGCCGGUUAUAACACAAAAAUGGCACCGCCAAAGGCUAAUAGCCACCGGGCGGCGGUGCGUCGCAAGAAAUCCGUUGGCUUCCUGCAAUCCAUGCAGGACAAGUACCUGAAUGUGCGGUUUUUCAAGUACCUGCUGCUGGAGCCGGCCGCCGUUCCCUUGGUUGCCAUAUUUAUCCUGCUGGCGGAGACGGUUAUUAAUCUGGUGGUGAUCCAGCGUGUGCCCUAUACGGAGAUCGACUGGGUGGCCUAUAUGCAGGAGUGUGAGGGUUUCCUUAACGGCACCACCAACUAUGCGCUGCUCCGGGGUGACACUGGACCUCUGGUUUAUCCCGCUGCCUUCGUAUACAUAUACACGGCCCUGUAUUACCUCACCUCCCAUGGAGCCAAUGUCCGGCUGGCGCAGUACAUCUUCGCCGGAAUCUACCUCCUGCAGCUGGCUCUGGUGCUGCGUCUCUACGCCAAGAGCCGAAAGGUUCCUCCAUAUGUGCUGGUCCUGAGCGCCUUCACCUCGUACCGCAUCCACUCGAUCUACGUGCUGCGACUCUUUAAUGAUCCCGUGGCCGUAGUGUUGUUCUACGCCUCCCUCAAUCUUUUCAUGGAUCGACGGUGGACCUUUGGCAGCGUCUUCUUUAGCCUGGCGGUGGGCGUGAAGAUGAACAUAUUGCUGUAUGCUCCUGCUCUCUUUCUGUUUUAUUUGGCCAAUUUGGGACUGUUGAAGACGCUCCUCCAAUUGGUCAUCUGCGGAGGCAUACAGCUCCUCCUUGGCGCUCCCUUCCUGCUUACCCACCCAGUGGAGUAUCUGCGAGGUAGCUUCGAUUUGGGACGCAUUUUCGAGCACAAGUGGACGGUGAACUAUAGGUUUUUGACCAGAGAACUCUUCGAGAAUCGUAACUUUCACCUGUCGCUGUUGGGGCUGCAUUUAGUACUCCUGCUGGUAUUUGCCAAGCCAACCUGGACCUUCUUCCAGAGCUAUGUGCGCCUGCGCCGCGUUGAAGAUCAACUACAGCCACAAAUAGCGAAUAAAAAUCGUGAGGUGAAGACCCAAAAGAGGCUGAAGAAGACCGAUAAGAACAAGGAUCAGGAGAAGCUCACCAAUGAGCAGCAGGCCUUCCUGAAGUCCUUCGAGAAGACCCUUCAGAAAUCAGCUGGGGCUAAGGCUUCGCCUGCAGCUCCUGCCUCCCAGUCGGAACCGGAACGCUAUGGCAUUCACUUUGAUCGUUGCACUCAGCUGGCCCUGCUGCCCUUCUUCCUGAGCAACCUGGUGGGCGUGGCCUGCGCCCGAUCUCUGCACUAUCAGUUCUAUGUUUGGUACUUCCAUUCGCUGCCCUACUUGGCCUGGUCCACGCCCUACUCUUUGGGUGUGCGCUGCCUCAUCCUCGGGUUCAUUGAGUAUUGCUGGAACACCUAUCCGAGCACGAACUUCUCUAGUGCUGCCCUGCACAUCAGCCAUAUCCUGUUGAUUGGUGGCGUGGCCAAACAACUCUUCCAGACCAUGCGACUGAAUAGCGCAAUUAAGAAGGAUCAGCAGCAGCAGAAAAAGGUCCAAUAGGUGGUCCUUAGAGGAAUCCUUAACCACGAGUGCCAGUGAAAAAUGUUUUGAUUAUGCCAAAAAAAAAAAAAAAGAAAAAAAUAAUAAAUAACUUAAAUUGCUAUAAACAAAAGUAGCUUAUUAUUAUCAUAAAUCAAGUUGGCAGUCCAAAUUUAUCGAUAUAUCGAUGAUUUUUUCACUAAACUUUUAAAAUUUGGCAGACGGGAAAUCCCCCUUAAAAUGAGCACAAUCUAAAUCAAGUAUUUUCUAGUCGACAACCUUAAUUUUUAAAUUUUAAUUUC